UAUGACUGGUGUAUGGUUUUAAGUUACUCUACCCGCCUCUGCAAGGCUAUAUAAUCCUCACCCACCCUCCCUGGGUCCAGGUUAAAGCAGUGUGCUAACCAGGACCCUCUGGUCUGACGUAAAUCUGGGCCUGUACGCUGAAAGUGUGUGUGUCUAGUCACAUGUAGCUCAGGGACUUUAUUUCGUAACCAAACGACCUUUACGUUUAUAUUCUUCAAAACGUUAAGUAAAGGAUCGGGCUUCACUGAAAUAUCUCAAGACUGGCCUACGGAGGAGUGUGAAAGCCAGCGAUGGCCUCAACUCCGUCUGCCUCAGCGCUGUCAGCUGUUCUCCGGUGUAAAAGACCCACAACUUCUGCUUACCGCCUCGGACUGACCUACGGAGCGGUGCCCUCCGUUUCCAGAGCCGAAAAUCCGGAGGAGCCGAAGAGGAGCAGCUCUCUGUGGGGAUCUGUUUUGCCGAAAGCGCCAGUGGAUUUUCCCAGAGUCCCGUCUGUUUCAGUCCGGUUGGAGUUUGCCAAACUCAGAGAGCAAAAGAGGCAGAAGAGGCAGAUAAAACAGCUGUGUAACCUCCCCACAAGCAGGGACUCUGGGCUGUGUAAGGCUGCGAGUUGUACCAGCUCAAACACAGGCAGGAAAGCAGCACAAGUAGUACACGAGUCCAGGAUGCCUGAGGCGGACACUUCAGAGUCAGCGAGUCGUUUGGGUAAAAUCCUCGGUUGUCUUCGGGUGGGUGACACUCUCUCAGUGAGGUUAACCUUACUUUCUGAGCCUGGGAAGGUGCUGUGUGUGGGUUGUAAGACGGACCACAAUGUGAGCUCAGUGAGCCAAGCCAUUUCCCACCACGACCACCACCAAAUCUUCUUCAUGUUAAGGACCACACUGCUGCAGCUCACUGCGUUUGUUUCUGAACUUGUGCGAGCCAAACUUGGAACUGUCAGGAGGAAGUGUCCUGUGGAUACUAAUAAGUUGACUGGAUGUGUCAAGUGUGCUUCUGAUCAUGGAACGAAGGAUAAAACCAAGAAAGACCUGGAACCUGGAACCUGAUGUGGUCACUGCUGCUGAAUACGUAGUUCAUUCAGCCAUUAUCCUUGAACAUAUCUUCCAUUACAAGAGAGUCUAAAUCAAACUCAUUUUCUGACUAAAAGGUAGUCCACAAUCUGUGAAACCAAGACUAGGCUGUGUUGCAUCACCUGGGACAUGUUCCUAAAAAUGUAGACUGCUCAAAUUACCAAAGCUGCAAGAGCGCCCCUGCACGAAACACAAAUUCUGCCUCUGGCUAAUUGCUUGCUACAAAGUUUGUCAAAAUAUCAACACAGGAUGUAAACCUCUGAUGCAUCCACUAUAUUCUCAUUAUAUACACUAAUAAGGGCUAAUAUUCAUUUGUUCAUGUUUAUAACUUUAAAGUAAAAUCUACUUAUUGCACUUGCGAUAUUUAAUUGUUCAAUUUUCAUUUGUUUGUAAAUGCCUUUGUUUAAGUGAUGACACCUUGAUUACAUGAGUACUGUUAGCCUGUGACACAGGUUGUGUCCGGAUGUAUGCCUGUACUAAUGCUGCUUAUUUGAAUGUCAAGAUUAUGUAAAACUAUGAAGUGAAAUAUAAAGUGAAGCUGUCGUUUUAACAGACUAAAUAAACUUCACUGAACUGAGCGUUUGUAACUCCCA